AUGUCAAAGAACACAUCGACAGAAAAGCUUGAAGAUGCUAUUUCAAAACAAAAUAUAAAUUUUAUUGAAUAUUCAGAAUUUCAUAAUUCAGAACAUAUUGGUACAGGUGAUAUUAAAGAGGCAUUAAAAAUCUUGAAAAAAAUAGAUGAAAGUCUGAAUAUACCUGCACAUGUUAAAGAUCCCGAGAAGUGUCCAAAAACUGAUAUGACAAAAGGGCAGAAGAUAGAUAGUCAUCUUAAGAUAAAAUCUGACGAAAUAGUUAGUAAUCAGUAUGAUAAGGCAGAUGAUAAUAUGCAUGAUAUUGUUGAAAAAAUUGAUAACUUCAAAUUAUUUCAAGAAAAGCAGAAAGAGACAAAUGAAUUAAGAAAUAAACUAACUCAAAAGACUCCAUCUAAGGAAGAAAUAAAUAACUUAAUAGAAAGUCAAAAUUUAUAUCAUGGCUUAGUUAUUGACAUGCAAGAGAUAAAUCUCGCAAGUGCUUCAUCAUGUACCUAUAAAGCACAGCCUAAAAUCAGCCCAUUAAAUGCUGAAAAGUUUCAAGCAAAACUAUUGCUUUCACCAAAUCAAUACCCGCAAAUUGAAUUGAAUUUUGAAAAAGAAAAAAUGUUGCCAUCUUCAGAGUUAUGUGCCGCUGUAACAAAGUCUUUGAAAAAUCAUAAUCCUCACUACGAAUUAAUGAAAAUAUUUGAAACCUAUGGUCACUUCUUACCUAAACGGAUCAUUAUUGGGUAUAAGUUACAUAGAAUGUCUUCGUUAAUUGUGAAAGAUUCACCAAAAUCGCAUGUUCAAGAAAUCGACUUCGAUGUAAUGGAUUUUGAAAAGUGUGACAAUAUUUUGAAUAAAUGGGAAUGUUAUAUAAGGCCUCAUGAUUUUGAUGCAACUUAUUUGAUAUCAGUUGAUGGAGAAACAGUUAUGAGGAAUGAGCUUGAUAUGUGGAUGAAAAACUAUGUUAAAUCUAUAUUUGGAAUCGAUGAAAUAGCAAAAAAUUUUGGAGUUAAAGAGAAAGUGCUUAUUACAGGGGUAAUUCCAAUAGAACAAUGUGCUUAUCAGUAUCGUGUAAAAUUUCCUGUUAAUUUUAAAUCCAAUAACUAUCAAAUUUUUGGAAAACUUGUGAAACAUGAUGGAGAACAAAUCUCUGAAGCAGUUAUCAUGUUCAAAUCUACUAACAAAUAUGGAUUUUCUGCAAAGAUUGAAAAUUUUGAAAUAUCUGAUACAAAUACACGAGACAUUGACAUAAUCAGUUUUGAUAGCACUUUGAUUACACCCUCAACUAAUAGUGAUAAUUGGAAUGUAAUGCUAGAAGUCCCAAAGGGUUUAUUAAGUCAUAAUAUUCUUUUUACUUCGUUUACAUACCCUCUGUCGAAUCAUGAGCCAAAUUUCAUAGCAACUUUGCAAGGUUAUGAUAACGAAACGAGAGAAAUUGAUGUUAAUGUGUAUAAUCCGGAAUUUACUAAUAGAUCUAUCGAUGAGAAUUUUGAUGAUGAGAAUUUCGUUUCUGAACAGAAAU